UUUCAGCUAAAGAGAUCAACACUCAUUUAAUGGAAUUGUUGUCGGAGAAUGCCAAUAUCGAAUACGAUGCCGUUAUUAAAGUACUUUUAAAGCAUAUCAAACAUGAAUUUCGCGAUACAAGGAUGGCUGUCUUAAAUUGGAUCAGUAGAAUGCACAUUACCGCACCUGCAAAAUUAUUUUCGUACAUGGAUCGUGUAUUCCCAGUAUUGCUUUCAUUACUAUCCGAUACAUGCGAUGAUGUGUUAUUGCUGGAUUUGCAGUUACUUUCCGACAUAUGUGAAGGCAAAAAUACUAGUGGUGUUGAGCUGCAGGAGCUUAAUCUUGAUGAACAUACCUUGAAGCAGCUUUCGGGCAUAUCACCAUAUUUAGUGAAAUUCACGUCAAGCUUAUUAGCAAUGUUUCGAAGUGAUACGGCCUUGCUCAAUGAUAGAGGUGUCUUGAUCGUCAGGCAGUUGUGUAUUCUGCUCGGUUCCGGAUCCAUUUAUCGCUGCUUGUCGGUUCUUUUAUUAAAAGAUAGUGAUACAGAAUUUGUAUCUCAAAUGGUUGCUUUACUGAAUGGGAUAUUGCUCACUUCCAGUGAACUGUUCGAGUUAAGGAAUCAAUUAAGGACGCUGGAAUCUGAAGAUUCUGUGAAUCUCUUCGAAUCUUUGUAUCGUACCUGGGCCUUCCAACCUAUCGCACUGCUUGCUUUGUGUGUAUUGUCGCAAAACUACGAGCAUGCAAGCGUAUUGGCGCGGCAUCUGUGGAAGGUCGAUGUUACAGUUGAUGUAUUAAUUGAAAUCGACCGACUUGUGCAGCUUAUUGAAAGCCCUAUACUUUCAUAUGUACGACUUGAUUUAUUGGAUGCCAAACACCAGCGACCUCUCACAGCUGUUCUUUCGGCUCUCCUAAUGAUAUUGCCUCAAACCGAUGCUUUCAAUACAUUACAUAAGCGGAUACAGUGUAUUCCAUCUGUUAUUGUCCACGAGGAAGAGAAAGAGAGUCAGUUGAACGCAAAGGUGGAUUUCAAACCAUUGUUGCAACAUUUUUUGAGAAUCCUUGGACAGCAACAAGAAGUUCUUAGAAGGAAACAUCGACAGAUGCUGAAUUCAACUAAUUAGUGGAGAUAGAAACUGUUUCGUCACAAUCUUCCAACCUUUAAGUCUGUUCCAUGUUAUAAAACGACUAAUACACUGCGUAUGUAUUUAUCAUUCAUUUCAUUAUUUGAGUAUGAUUUAAACCCGACUUUCAGAAACAAACUAGUACAGAACUGGUCCCUUUGAAUCUUUCUAAUUCCUCAACUUUCUUGUGUGAUAUUCGGUAUCUUUCUAAUCCCUCAACUUUCUUCUGUGAUAAAAAGCACUGAAGAAAGCUAGAUGAGGAUAUUCACCCAAAUAUAUAUCACUGGAGCAGCUUUGAUGUUGGGAUUUCGGAAACAAUUAUGGCUCCGUAAAUGUGGUAAAUCUGUAUUCGUUUCAGUGUGUUUACUCAUUAAAGUCACUCCAUUCAUAUCCC